AACAAAUUCCAUUGGAGAGUUCGGAAUGUUGAAUUGGAAAUUCCCGUACAUGAAAAAAUAAAAAGAAACGCAGGGGUUGGAUACUUCCCAAGUUCCCAUAUGGGUCGAUCAAACAAAUCCAUCGCGAGCACCAACAGAACAACAAACCCUCAAGAAUUGCACACCUAAUUUCCGCCCGAAUAAAUUAUCUCACACUCACGUCCCAUCCAUAGAUCUUCUCGCUCCUGCCGUUCUCCAUCUUCUCCUUGAAGCUUCUCCGUCUGUCCUUCUACCUCUCUUCACCUUCCAUCUCUCUCAUUCCAUUACACAAGACUUGGAAAGGCUGAAGCCGCGGUGCUUCUUCUCCUUCUCGGUAAGUAGUAGAUGUUUCAUCGGAUUGUACAAAACUGAUUAAGUCUUAUUCAUUGCACUGGAAUUCAGAAUGAGUGGUACACCCAGAAGGUCUCAAGAAGAGGGGGGCCAUUCGUCUUCUUCAAGGCAUCCUCACGAGGAUGCAGGGGCGUAUCCGAAACUGACAUCACCUCUUUCAACUGAAUAUCAUCCUCCCUAUGAGAUGGGUCAAGAUUAUCGAGCAGCAAAGGUUACCCGGCCUGAUUCCCGAGAUGUUGAUAGAAGCUCGCCCAUGCAUUCAACCUAUAGAAUGCCGUUAUCCUCGAAUGAUUCACAUAUGGACGCUCAUCCUGCUGUACCUGAGAACAGGGCGGAGUCGAGGGAUCCAAAUCGGGAACAUAGGGCUGACAACCGAGACCAAAGGUUAGAAGCUAGGGAGUUGUAUGGUGAGGCAAAGAGGGAAUCCCAAAGUGCCAAGGGUGAUAAAGAGGCUAAAUUUGAUGGUAGGGGGGAUGAUGGUAAAGAAAUUAAAUAUGAUAGGGAAACUUAUAAUGAUCCAAAGGGUGAUGGGAAGACGGAAAAGGAUGGUUUGGAAGCAGCUAGUAGCCAUUUGAACUGGAAAGAACCAAAAGAAUACCAUAGGGGAAAAAGAUAUUCUGAAUCCCCAGGAGGAAACAUAGACCCUUGGCAUAAUUCACGUGGUAGUUCACAAGGCCCAACUGACAUUGGAAAGGAAUGCCCAGCAGCCGAAGAAAGGGAUUAUGUAGAAUCAAAUGAGGCUGUUGGAGAAAACAAAGUUGACUCAAAAGGUGAGGAUAGAUUUAAGGACAAGGAUAGAAAAAGGAAAGAAGUGAAACAUCGAGAAUGGGGAGAUAGAGAUAAGGAAAGGAGCGAACGCAAAGAUUCAUCAAGGGAAGGAGAGCGAUGGGAGAGGGAAAGGAAGGAUAUUUCAAAAGAUAAAGAACGACUAAAGGAGAGGGAGAAGGAUCAUGUCAAGAGAGAAAAAUGGAACAACUUAGAUAAAGAAAAUUUACACAAUGAGAAGGAAUCAGGGAAUGUGUCUGUCAGAAUGUCAGAGCAGGAAAAUUUGGUCUCAGAGCAGAAAAAGCAGAAAGAUUUUGAGAGCUGGAAAAAUGCUGACAGAGACAGGAAGAAAGAAAAAGAUUGUGAUGUAGAAGGAGAUAGACCUGAAAAGCGCAGCAGGUGUUAUGACAAAGAGUCAGAUGAUGGUUGUGUAGAUGGUGAAGGGGCUUCAGAAAGGGAAAGGGAUGUCUUCAAUUAUGGAGUCCAGCAGAAAAAGAGGAUGCUUCGUUCAAGGGGUAGCCCUCAAGUUGUAAAUCGCGAGCCUCGUUUUGGGGCCCGUUCUCAGGAAAACGAAGGAUCUCAAGGUAAAUCGGAGGUAUCAUCUGUUAUUUAUAAAAUUGGUGAAUGCAUGGAAGAUCUAAUAAAACUGUGGAAGGAGUAUGAAUCUGCCCAAGCCGAUAAAAAUGUCGAAAGCUCUCAAAAUGGCCCUACACUAGAAAUUAGGAUACCGACUGAGCAUGUUACUGCUAUAAAUCGCCAGGUGAGAGGGGGCCAGUUAUGGGGGACAGAUAUAUAUACCUAUGACUCUGAUCUUGUUGCUGUUCUCAUGCACACUGGUUACUGCCGACCUACAGCUUCUCCUCCUCCAGGUGCUAUCCAGGAGCUGCGUGCUGUGAUACGAGUGUUGCCUCCGCAAGAUAGCUACACGUCAACUUUGAGAAAUAAUGUUCGUUCGCGUGCCUGGGGAGCUGCAAUUGGCUGUAGUUACCGUGUGGAGCAAUGCUGCAUUGUGAAGAAAGGUGGCGGGACCAUUGAUCUUGAGCCUUGCCUUACACAUACAUCGACUGUGGAACCUACCCUUGCUCCUGUGGCUGUUGAGCGAACAAUGACCACGAGGGCUGCUGCUUUGAAUGCACUGCGUCAACAAAGAUUUGUACGAGAAGUUACUAUACAGUACAACCUUUGCAAUGAACCUUGGAUUAAGUACAGUAUUAGUGUUGUUGCUGACAAGGGCUUGAAAAAGCCCCUUUAUACUUCAGCGCGUUUGAAGAAGGGAGAAGUUUUAUACUUAGAAACACAUUCAUGCAGGUAUGAACUCUGUUUUACUGGGGAGAAAAUGGUCAAAUCUGCACUUGCAUCUCAAAACCAUGAAGGAGAGACAGAGAAGCCCCCUAAUAACCACUCACUUGCUGCUAAUGGUGAUAAGAAUGACUCUGAGAACAUUAUGAUUGAUGCCUUUCGAUGGUCUCGCUGUAAGACGCCUCUACCACAAAAGUUUAUGCGCUCUGUUGGCAUUCCAUUGCCCCAUGAAUAUGUGGAGGUAUUGGAGGAUAAUCUUGACUGGGAGGAUGUGCAGUGGUCCCAAACUGGUGUAUGGAUAGCUGGAAAAGAGUAUGCACUUGCUAGGGUACAUUUUCUAUCCAUGAAUUAGCUUAUAAUAUAAAAGGUCUUUGAAUGUGUGUAAACUUUGUAUGCUGUAGUUUUUCCAACUAAUUUAUUUCAAUAGAAUGGACAGUGGUCAGGAUUUACAGACGUUCUGGAUUACUUUUUUCUCUGGAUGGUUUAAACAAAAUGAAGAAAAAAGUGAUGGGAAAUGAAUAAGGCUCCCGAUGUCGUUUGGAUGAGCACUGA